AUGACCGACCGGUUUAAAAGCGAAAAACCAAAAUGUUACGAAAAUCGGAUCGGUCAAAAGGCGGAGGAGCUGGUGGGCCCCAACCGAUUCCCGGGCCAAAACCCACCUCUUCAUUUGAAUCCUCCGGCGACCGUCUCCGGUUCACGUGGAGCUCCGUCCCGGAGAAACCACCAUCGUUUCGUGGAAACAGCUUCUCAAAGAGGCUUCCUCCAGCAAGCGCAAAUGGACCUAGCCCAUCAGCUUCGUGCCCGUCGUCGGAAGUCCAUCGGCAGAAAGUUACGCAUCCCCCAUCGCUGCCACCGCCACCUGCGGUGGCGUCUUCGAAGCAGCUGGUGGAAAAUGAAAGUUGAAGAGUCACAAGCUCAGGCCGGACCAAACCGUUUGGGCAAUGUAAUUGAGAAAAUCGAGCGCAUGCAUGCGGAUAAUUAUUUCCAGGUUGAUAACUCGUCCGUAAAGCAUGGUGGUUUUUUCGUGAAUCCCGGAAAGUUGGAGCGCAUCAAACCUGCCACAACAGCACACCAGCAGCCAAAGAAAAGGAGACGUGAAGACUCAACCAAAGUUCAAAGUGGGAAUACAGAUAAGGUUCCUGUCAUGCCAAGAAAAGAAGGAUCUAACGUUCGAUCAAGAGUCACAUUGCUCGAGAAGGACAUCCGGGAGUUGGAAAAAAUAGUUGCAGAAUCUAGACCACCUUUGACGGAGGUCCAGGAUCUUGAUAAUUCUUCACUGACAGUGAAAAGAAGAUUGCCACAUGGUAUAAAGCAGAAACUGGAUAAAGUUGCUAGAUUGGCGCAAGCCAGCUAUGGAAAAAUAUCAAUGGAUGUGAGUCAUGUGACUAAUCGUUUGAUGAGUAUUGUUGGCCACUUAAUGCAGCUUAGGACACUGAAGAGAAACCUUAAAAUCAUGGCUAAUCUGGGGUUGUCUGUCUGCUAA